GGAAUCAUGGUCAGAAGGAGGGAAAAGCAGGGAAGAAGUGAAGGAAAUAACAACCUCUCCUUCUUGUCAAGGUAGACUCUUUAUUGGCUUAUUUGUUCUGGUGAGAUUUUGCUUUUUUAGGUGAUGGAGAGAGGUGGCUGACUUGAAAGAAAAGGUCCAUCCAAGCAUCCAUAACACCUAUUGUAGGAUGGGCUGAAUUGCCUUGGGAAGUUCCCAAGAAGCUUCUGCAUGAAACUCAGCCAAGACCAAUCAAUUACCAAGGAUAUCAGAAGCCACAUUUUCCACUGCAGCCAAGAGUGUUUGAUCCCGAUGUUAUAGGGGACGGCGUGUUCCUUUCUGAUGUCUCUCCUUCCAAUAUAGGACGAGCUCUCCCAGAGAAGAAGAAAGGGAGAUCAGCCACUUUCUACCCUCUAGACAACACCCCCCUCCUGCGUCCUGUGGAUGAGACACAACUGCCGGUGCUCACCAGCAGCAUGGAGCCUGUGGGCGUCAGCACGGAGAUGGCCCUGCUCAGCAACAUCCUGGCAGCCUAUGCCUUCAUCACAGAAAACCCUGAGCGGGCUGCUCUGUAUUUUGUCUCCGGAGUGUGCAUUGGACUUGUCCUGACCCUGCUGGCCCUGGUGCUCAGGGUGUCCUGCCGGACGGACUGCAAAAGCUCCUCCUCCAAAAAGCCUCCUCGGGAGCGGGAGAGCGACAGCGACAGCAGUGACAGCGACGACGAUUCGGACACCACCUCGGACCUGUCCGCCCGCAGGCACCGCAGGUUCGAGAGGACUUUGAAUAUGAACGUCUUCACUUCGGCGGAGGAGCUGGAGCGGGCGCAGAGGCUGGAGGAGCGGGAGCGCAUCAUCCGGGAGAUCUGGAUGAACGGCCAGCCUGACAUCCCAGGGACCAGGAGCCUCAACCGCUACUACUGAAGUGAUUGGGAGUCCAGCCGUCCUGCCCUGCACCCUGGGGCUGCUCCACACGUGAUAGAGGAGAGGGGGGGAAGGAAUAUUAUGUGGGUGUCUCCCUUUUUCCUAUCGGGUGUGCCACCUGGAGCGGUGUGGAUGGACAGCAAUAAAGCUUUCCCCAUCUCCUUCUCCGUUACAUGUUGCUAUCACCCCUUUUCACGGACACUUUCUGGUUUCAAUAGAGGUGGUUGCCAACUUCAUUUCUUAGUAGCAGGCAGGAAGGUGACAAUUACAGUCCUCCCACACGGGAUAUGGUGUUUGGCACGCUGCAAUACGAGCGCUCCUCUCUUGGCUGAGGAGAGAAGUCUCCCAGGAGUUGGUUUUCAUUAAGGAUUUUUUUGGUUUCCCUUUCCUGAGGACUGUGGGAGCAUUGUGAACAAAAUGACAAAUCUGGAAAGAUGAUUCGAGGAGGGAGGGGGAAGUGCAUCCUGACGGAUUGUCUUGUGACUUCAGAAGCCAUGAGAUUAACCUGAUUAAAACCCAACAGCAAUUUUGACUUGUUAAGAACUGGGGGAUGGGGGGGAGGGGGAUUCUUCCAUCGUGAAAUCAUCUCGGUGCUUGGAUGUUCGCCAUAGUGUAUUCAGUUAUUUAUGGCUGUCUUUUCAUCUUCCUUUUCAAUGGGAACAUUUAGGUUUUUUACUGACACCUCAGGGAUAAAAUCCUAUUAUUUUUUUGAGUCUGUUCUCCCUGCUGGUCCCUGCCAAACACAACCCAACCCACCUCCAACAGUGAAAUUAUGGUAAUAUAAGAGAUGUGUCAGUGACUGGUGAGAAGUUAACAACCUCAAAGAGGUUGAAAAAGGUUUUCUUUUUGUUUUGUUUUAAAUAUAUAUAUAUUUGAAGAUGCUGCACAGCAAUGUGCCUUAUUCUUUUUGUUGUUGUUGUUGUUGUUGAACUACAGUUUUCCUAUGGAUAGCAAUGCACAAUGUUUUAUAUAUUUUAUUAAAAAAAAAUUAAAAAAAUAAAAUGUCUGUCUUUACCAGAGGAAAAAUCAAGACGGAAGAAGUCACAUAUGACAACAAAAUGGGUAAUAAAUGCUAAAUAAACUCUGGUUUGCUUCA